GGACUACGCUCAAAGCAGGAUCGUCGCUUGUCGAUGAACCUCGGAGGUUUGGCAGCUCUCGGUUACUCCGCAUUCUGUGCGUUGGAGUAAGAGGCUUUGCAUACAUACGAUCCUCUACGUCCUCCAAAGGGUGCAAACGCGUAAACAGUCUCCUAUCCAUCGUCAGAGUUUUGCCUGUCGUCCACCACCAUGUCCGCGUCAAAGCGUGUCGAUCAGAUCGCCGGCCACCUCAACUACCCCAAGGGCAUGUUGGCUGGCCAGGUCGCGAUUAUUACAGGCUCUGGGCAGGGAAUUGGCGCUGAAUGCGCAAGGCUGUUUGCGAACGAGGGAGCAAAGCAUACAGAGAAGGCUGAGGGCGUAGUCUCGUCCAUCCAAUCCAGCGGCGGCCAAGCCAUCGCGGUCACCGGCGACGUGCUCGACGACGCCUACAUCAAAACACUGAUCCAGAAAGCGGCCGACUUUGGCAACGGCAAGAUCCACAUCAUCGUCAACAACGCGGGCUACACAUGGGACGGCGUGAUCCACAAGAUGACGGACAAGCAAUGGCACACCAUCGUGGACCUGCACGCGACGGCGCCUUUCAAGAUUGUGCGCGCUGCGGCCCCGUACUUCCGCGUCAAGGACGGCGAGCCCAGGAACAUCAUCAACAUCUCGAGUACCAGCGGGCUGCACGGGAAUGCGGGGCAGAUCAACUAUGCGCUUGCGAAAGCGGGCGUAACGGGUGUGACGAAGACGAUUGCGAAGGAAUGGGGCCCCAACUUCGGCGUGCGCGCCAACACCGUCGCGUUCGGUCACAUUGCGACGCGCCUGACAGCAGCCAAGGAGGCCGGUGCAUUUGUGCAGCUGCCCGACGGCGAGAAGGUCGCGCUGGGCAUUCCGCAGAAGCAGAAGGAGGCGGCGGGCGGACAGGAGCACGCCGACAUUCCGCUGAGGAGGCCGGGCACGGCGACCGAGGCGGCGAGCGCGGUGCUGGCGGUUGCGAGUCCGCUGUUCAGCUACGUGAACGGAGAGACGAUCAAGGUGACUGGCGGACGGGCGAUGUAGGUGAGAUUGUAGUGAUUCAGAGAGUAGCGAUGCGCGAAGGGGAGGGCGUAGGGGAGGGCGUAGGGGAGGGCGUAGGGGAGGGUGCAGUGAUGCGCGCAGGUGAGAGUGUAGUGGUGCGAAAUGUGAGGCAUUGCGUUUCAGCUUGCGUGCAAUUAGCAGCGUGUUGGUCGUGCUGAAACCAGCGUGGUCGAAGUGUCGUUCAGAGAGCGUCGAGC